CACCAAUAUCCUCCCUUCACGGAGCAACCCUAAAGGAACUGAGGCUCUACUGCGUAGACUUUUCUGACUUUAUUGAACAUUUCGUGCGCUCGGUUCAGAGACACAGCCCCCUAAGUCCCGGGUAUUUUGCGCUGGAUUUGUUGUGUGCGCUCAGAUGUGGAGUUAGUCAGUUCUGCUCGGUUUCCUCCUCGUCUCUGGUGCCUGUGAGGACAGUUUCGUCUUCUCGUCGGGGAGACAGACGGUUGGUGAAGUUGGGCAGAAAUGCGGCUGCAGCUGCUCGGCCUGACCUGCGCGCUCUGCUGCUGGAGCUUAAUCUCAGCAAAUGUGCUGGAAGCAGAGGGGUGGCUGCAGCAAUAUGGUUACCUGCCCCCUGGUGAUGUCCGAGCUCAGGCCAUCCGCUCACCCAAGUCCAUAGAAAAAGCAAUAGCCUCCAUGCAGAGGUUUUAUGGACUGACUGUCACCGGCACCAUAGACACAGAGACAUUAGAAGCCAUGAAGCGCCCUCGUUGUGGAGUCGUAGAUAAAUUCGGCCCAGAGUUGAAAACCAGCUUGAGGAGGAAGAGAUACGCAAGGCAGGGUCUGAAGUGGGAGAAGUCUGAGGUGACCUUCAGCAUAGAGAACUUCACCCCCAAAGUGGGGGAAAGAGCCACAUCUGAAGCCAUUCGAAAGGCUUUCAAGGCGUGGGAGAGUGUUAUCCCACUCACCUUCCGUGAGAUCCCCUUCAGCCACAUCCGAGGCAAAGUCGACAAGUACGCGGACAUCAUGUUGUCCUUCGCUGAAGGCUUCCACGGCGACAGCACGCCAUUUGACGGCGAGGGUGGCUUUCUGGCACACGCUUACUUUCCAGGCGUCGGUAUUGGGGGAGACACUCACUUUGACCUCGCAGAGCCGUGGACAACAGGGACCACGGACCAGGGAGGAAAUGAUGUUUUCCUGGUAGCGGUCCAUGAGCUGGGUCAUGCUUUGGGUCUGGAGCACUCGAAUGACCCUUCCGCCAUCAUGGCCCCUUUCUAUCAGUGGUUUGAGACAGAAAACUUCCAGCUUCCAGAUGAUGACCGAAGAGGCAUCCAGGCUAUUUAUGGAUCAAAGUCAGGGGUGCCCCCUCCUCCUCCUCCCCCCCGGCCCACUAAGCCAUCAAAGCCUGACAAGCCUGACCACGGCCCGGACAUAUGUGAUGGACACUUUGACACCAUCGCAGUCCUCAGAGGGGAGAAGUUUGUUUUUAAGGACAAGUGGUUUUGGCGAGUUCGGAAUAACAAAGUGCUGCCAAACUAUCCCAUGCCUAUUGGUCACUUCUGGAAAGGUCUUCCUUCGAACAUUGACGCAGCCUACGAGAGGACUGAUGGGAAAUUUGUCUUCUUUAAGGGUGACAAAUAUUGGGUUUUUAGUGAGUCUACCUUGGAGAAGGAUUAUCCAAAGAAUCUGGGAGAUUUGGGCACCGGCCUUCCAAAAGACAGGAUUGAUGCUGCUCUCCUUUACACACAUACAGGACAGACAUUCUUCUUUAAAGGAUCCCAAUACUUUCGCUAUAACGAGAAAACGCGCAGAGUGGACAGAGACUAUCCAAAGUCCAUCAACACAUGGACUGGAGCACCAGAUAACAUUGAAGCCGUCAUCAUGAGCGAAGAUGGAUCCUACACUUACUUCUACAAAGACAAUAAAUACUGGAAGUUCAACAACCAGCACAUGAAGGUGGAGCCUGGCUACCCCAAGUCAGUGCUCCGCGAGUGGAUGGGCUGUGAAAACGAGGAGCCAAAAAAGGGUCGGAACGAUGCCACAGACAGAUCAGGAGGCGCCGGGGCCGUGGCUGUCGUGAUCCCUCUCAUCCUACUCGUACUGGUACUGGUCACGCUGGGAGCACUUUUGUUCUUCAGGAAGUACGGCAUGCCACGCCGCCUCCUCUACUGUAAGAGAUCGCUGCUGGAUAAGGUGUAGACGGAGCAGCAGGCGGUUGACUGACUGCCACAGAGGGACGAGCAGAAAAAGGGAGAGAAUUUAAGGGGACCGGGGCCCAAUGAAAGAAACUGAGAAGGAGAAGAAGUACAGAGCAAGGAAUGAAAGAAGGAAUAAGGUGUAAAAGGGGGGGGGGGGAAUGCCUCAAGUGCCACAAAAGGAUAGGAAAGGCCCAUAAAACUGAAUUCAGGAAAAUGUAUAUUUUAUUUUACCUAUUUAGAUGUCAUCUUUGUGUUCAGAAGUUAAAAACAAACCACCAUAAGAAAAGGGAACUAUACAACACCCCCCCCCCCCUUUUAUAUACAGAAAAAACUUUCUUAUAACUGGACGACUGUAGCAGAACUGCUGUUUGAUUCAAUUCCUGCUUGAAAAACUUGCUCAGAAAUUAAUCUUCUCUUUUUUCAUUUUUUGCUGUUAAAAAAUAUUUUCCCACAGUUAAGACACUCUUAAAAAGUUUUGAUGCUGUUUGGGAAAGGGAUUUUUUUUCUACCACUAAAAAAAGCCACGGGGAAUUAAUUUUUCCUUAAUCAAAUCCACAAGAAUUUUUUUUUUCAUGUAGAAAUUGCUCAUCUUAUACCAUGGUACAGUUUCAGUUAAAUUUAAAAAAAAAGAAGCAUUUCUUGAAACCACGGUACAGAAAUCCUUGUAUUUUUUUGUUGUUGCUUCUCCCGCUUUGAAACAACGGUUGGGGGUUUUGAUGGAGUUGUGUGUAGCAUCUCCGUUGUGCACAGUGUUAAUACAGAGUUGUUAGUGCAGACUUGAAGAUCUGUCAGUCAGACUUAAAGGUUGUUGGAGCCGAUUACCCAUCAAUUGUGUUGCAAAAACCUCAAAGUUUUGACUUGUAAAAACGAAGAUGCUCCGCCUGGUUCAAGAAUGUGCUCACUUCCUUUGUAACUCAAACUUGAGAUGCUCAAACUUGCCAAAGAGACUCUGUGCAAGCUGUCAGAAAGAAAAAGGGGCUUUGCAAAAAUAAUCAAUCAAGUCUCCAGAGAAACUAAGGUGCAAUGUUUUUAAAGAACUGCUUUAAGGGUAAUUAUGAUUAUAAGUAUGAUUAUUGUUAUUAUUGUUGUUCUGGCUUUCCAUGUGUUGUCAUUUGCAGUCCUGCUGGGCAGAGGCGUUGCAUGACGAUAGAAUUGAACCCCAUACUACAUCAUAUAAGAUUAAAGUGAGUCCAGGGGGUGUUUUUUUUAAAUAACAAAACACCACAUGCCCCCAAAUGCUGGCAUAGGAUACCGGCCAUGUUAUUUAUGAACUUUGACAUAGAUGGUGCUCCUUGAUUUUUUUUUUUUUUCACAUCAAUCACAGCCAUGUGAGAGUUUAUUCGGUUUUUAACAAUGAUAAUAGUAAUGAUAUUUAUAAUGAUGACCGUAUUAAUAAAACAGAAUGAUUUGUUUU